AUGGCAUCUCCCGGCUCCGGCUUUUGGUCCUUCGCAUCUGAAGAUGGUUCCGGGGAUCCCGAGAACCCUGGCACAGCGAGGGCCUGGUGUCAGGUGGCUCAGAGGUUCACGGGCGGCAUCGGAAACAAGCUGUGCGCCCUGCUCUACGGGGACGCCGAGAAGCCGGCAGAGAGCGGCGGAAUCCAGCCCCCGAGGGCCGCCUCCCGCAAGGCCGCCUGCGCCUGCAACCAGAAGCCCUGCAGCUGCCCCAAAGCGGGGAUCAACUACGCGUUUCUACACGCAACAGACCUGCUACCAGCGUGUGAUGGAGAAAGACCCACUUUGGCAUUUCUGCAAGAUGUUAUGGACAUUUUGCUUCAGUAUGUGGUGAAAAGUUUCGAUAGAUCAACCAAAGUGAUUGACUUCCAUUACCCCAAUGAGCUUCUUCAAGAAUAUAACUGGGGAUUGGCAGACCAACCACAAAAUCUGGAGGAAAUUUUGAUGCAUUGCCAGACAACUCUAAAAUAUGCAAUUAAAACAGGGCAUCCCAGAUAUUUCAAUCAACUUUCUACAGGACUGGAUAUGGUUGGAUUAGCAGCAGACUGGCUGACAUCAACAGCAAACACUAACAUGUUCACCUAUGAAAUUGCUCCAGUAUUUGUGCUUUUGGAAUAUGUCACGCUAAAGAAAAUGAGAGAAAUCAUUGGCUGGCCUGGGGGCUCUGGCGAUGGGAUAUUUUCUCCUGGUGGCGCUAUAUCCAACAUGUACGCUAUGCUGAUUGCGCGCUUUAAGAUGUUCCCUGAGGUCAAGGAGAAAGGGAUGGCUGCGGUCCCCAGGCUCAUUGCCUUCACGUCUGAGCAUAGCCAUUUUUCUCUCAAGAAGGGAGCUGCAGCCUUGGGCAUUGGAACAGACAGUGUGAUUCUGAUUAAAUGUGAUGAAAGGGGGAAAAUGAUCCCAUCUGAUCUUGAGAGAAGGAUCCUUGAAGCCAAACAAAAAGGAUUUGUCCCUUUCCUUGUGAGUGCCACGGCUGGGACCACCGUGUAUGGAGCAUUCGAUCCCCUGUUAGCUGUUGCUGACAUUUGCAAAAAGUAUAAGGUCUGGAUGCACGUGGAUGCAGCUUGGGGUGGGGGAUUACUGAUGUCCCGGAAACACAAGUGGAAACUGAGCGGCGUUGAGAGGGCCAACUCUGUGACAUGGAAUCCACAUAAGAUGAUGGGUGUCCCUUUGCAGUGCUCUGCUCUCCUGGUUAGAGAAGAGGGAUUGAUGCAGAGUUGCAACCAGAUGCAGGCCUCCUACCUCUUUCAGCAAGAUAAACACUACGACCUGUCCUACGACACUGGAGAUAAGGCCUUACAGUGUGGACGUCACGUUGAUGUUUUUAAACUCUGGCUAAUGUGGAGAGCAAAGGGGACCACUGGGUUUGAAGCACAUAUUGAUAAGUGUUUGGAGCUGGCGGAGUAUUUAUACAAUAUCAUCAAAAACCGAGAAGGUUAUGAAAUGGUGUUUGAUGGAAAGCCUCAGCACACAAACGUCUGCUUCUGGUAUGUACCUCCGAGUUUGCGUGUUCUAGACAACAAUGAAGAGAGAAUGAGCCGCCUCUCUAAGGUGGCUCCAGUGAUUAAAGCCAGAAUGAUGGAGUAUGGGACCACAAUGGUGAGCUACCAGCCCUUGGGAGACAAGGUCAAUUUCUUCCGCGUGGUCAUCUCAAACCCCGCAGCAACUCACCAAGACAUUGACUUCCUGAUUGAAGAAAUAGAACGCCUUGGACAAGAUUUAUAA